CCUUCAUCAACAAGAAAUAACCUCAAGACAUUCACAAGCUAGACAACGCCUCUGCCACUUAGAGGAACAAAAGUCGUGCAUAAAUGGUAAGCAUAGAAAAAGUAAGUUCCUUGCUGAGUCCUUCGUCGUCUUUUCUUCACUUCUCCUUGCAUUCCGCAAUUCGUCCAGCGACAUUCCUCAAGUUUGCCUACCAUAUUCAUUCGUUCUGCAUUUCUGCACAUUACACUCGUUAUGAAGUUCCCUACUCUUGCUUUGGCUCUCGCUGCCGCGUUCACUGGAGCAGAUGCGUACUGGAAAGGCUUCAAUAAUCAAGCCAACAACGUCGAUGGCUCCUGCAAAAGCCAAGCCGAGUACGAGAACGACUUCAACACCAUGAAAAGCCUCCCUGGGUACUUCACCAGCAUGCGUCUCUAUGCCUCCUCCGAUUGUAAUCAGCUUGCCAACGCCGUCCCUGCCGCCCUCGCAACUGGCGGUCAAAUCUUGGUCGGUAUCUGGACUGAGGACGACGAUCAUUAUGCAGCAGAAAAGCAAGCUCUGCUGUCUGUUGUUCAAACAUAUGGAUUCGAUUGGAUGGUGGCAGUCAGCGUUGGAAGUGAGGAUCUAUACAGAGGAGAUGCACCUGCGUGGAGGAUCGCUCAACAGAUAUAUGAUGUUCGAGGAAUGCUUUCAAUUCAAACAGGAUACAGCAGCAAUGUCCAGGUCGGACAUGUCGAUACUUGGACUGCCUGGGUCGAUCCCAACAACGAGGUUGUGAUCCAAGCCUGCGAUUGGGUUGGGACAGACGGAUAUCCGUAUUACCAAGGGACAUACGACAACGGCAUCGACAAUGCGUACAAUUUGUUCUGGGACUCGGUGUACCAGGUUCGAGAUGUCGUCAACGCCGCACAUCCUGGAGCAUGGGUGUGGGUGACAGAGACUGGAUGGCCUACCGCAGGAGCUUCCGUCAACAAUGCUGUUCCUAGCAUUGAGAAUGCUCAAGCAUAUUGGUCUCAAACCAUAUGUUCUUCCUUUGCUCAUGGUCACACAUUUGUAUAUGUGCUCCAAGAUGGCGGUGACCUUCCAUUCGGCGUUGUUGAUUCCAACUUCAAUCCGGUUUAUAAUCUGGCUUGCUAGUUUGGAUAUACUGAAGUAGAUUGUGGAGGAGAUGGUGUGGGAAAAAGAGAGAGAAGACAGGCG